UUGGCGUAGCCGUGACGUCAUAUCCGCCGUGACCCGGAUGUGGAAAUGAUGUUCCUUGUGUGAGAUACUGUAGACGCUACCCUACCGAUACGUUGUGUGUGUGUUCGUACGUUGUCUGUGGGAUUCGCUAAGUUCUCCGCCACCAUGUACGACACGGACGAAGAUAUGCAGUAUGAUGAGGAUGAUGAUGAGAUCACACCUGACCUGUGGCAGGAGGCCUGCUGGAUCGUCAUUAGCUCUUAUUUUGAUGAGAAGGGUUUGGUACGUCAGCAACUUGAUUCAUUUGAUGAGUUCAUUCAGAUGUCCGUGCAGAGAAUUGUGGAGGAUGCCCCACCUAUAGACUUACAAGCUGAAGCGCAACACACCACAGGAGAAGUAGAAGAGCCGCCUAGGUUUCUUUUGAAGUUUGAGCAAAUUUAUUUAUCUAAACCCACACACUGGGAAAGAGAUGGUGCUCCUUCACCAAUGAUGCCAAAUGAAGCAAGACUAAGAAAUCUAACGUACUCUGCUCCUCUAUAUGUCGAUAUUACAAAAACUGUCGUGAAGGAAGGGGAAGAACAAAUUCAAACUCAGCAUCAGAAAACAUUCAUUGGAAAAAUCCCAAUAAUGUUACGUUCAACAUACUGCCUGUUAAAUGGCCUCACUGACCGUGAUCUUUGUGAGUUAAAUGAAUGCCCACUUGACCCAGGAGGUUACUUUAUUAUCAAUGGAUCUGAGAAGGUCUUAAUUGCUCAAGAAAAGAUGGCAACAAACACAGUAUAUGUGUUUGCGAAGAAAGAUUCUAAGUAUGCCUAUACUGCAGAGUGCAGGUCUUGUUUAGAAAAUUCUUCAAGACCAACAAGUUCUAUAUGGGUCAGCAUGUUGGCAAGAGGAGGCCAGGGGGCAAAAAAAAGUGCUAUUGGCCAGCGCAUUGUUGCUACAUUGCCGUACAUAAAACAAGAAGUGCCCAUUAUUAUUGUGUUUAGAGCUUUGGGCUUUGUGUCUGAUAGAGAUAUAUUAGAGCAUAUUAUCUAUGACUUUGAAGACCCUGAAAUGAUGGAAAUGGUGAAGCCUUCCCUUGAUGAAGCCUUUGUCAUCCAGGAGCAGAAUGUUGCCCUGAACUUUAUUGGUUCUAGAGGUGCAAAACCUGGUGUCACAAAAGAAAAAAGGAUAAAAUAUGCAAAAGAAGUUCUGCAAAAAGAAAUGCUUCCACACGUUGGUGUCAGUGACUUCUGUGAGACCAAAAAAGCAUACUUUUUGGGUUACAUGGUUCACAGACUGCUUCUUUCAGCUCUUGGAAGAAGAGAGCUCGACGACAGAGAUCACUAUGGAAACAAAAGACUGGAUCUUGCAGGGCCACUGCUUGCGUUUCUCUUCAGGGGGAUGUUUAAGAACUUAUUGAAGGAAGUAAGAAUAUAUGCGCAGAAAUUCAUUGACCGUGGAAAAGAUUUUAAUUUAGAACUUGCAAUAAAGACUCGAAUAAUUUCAGAUGGUUUAAAAUACUCUUUAGCUACCGGAAACUGGGGUGAUCAAAAGAAAGCCCAUCAAGCUAGAGCUGGUGUGUCUCAGGUGUUGAAUCGGCUAACAUUUGCAUCGACCCUUUCACAUCUAAGGAGGCUGAAUUCCCCUAUUGGCAGAGAUGGUAAACUUGCCAAACCCAGACAGCUGCAUAACACUCUGUGGGGAAUGGUGUGUCCUGCUGAAACUCCCGAGGGUCAUGCAGUAGGGCUUGUGAAAAAUCUGGCUCUGAUGGCCUAUAUCUCAGUUGGCUCUCAGCCUUCUCCAAUAUUGGAGUUCUUGGAAGAAUGGAGUAUGGAAAAUCUUGAAGAAAUAUCCCCAGCAGCCAUUGCAGAUGCCACAAAAAUUUUUGUCAAUGGAUGCUGGGUUGGUAUUCAUAAGGAUCCAGAACAGUUGAUGAAUACACUUCGGAAACUUCGCCGUCAGAUGGACAUCAUUGUCUCUGAGGUGUCAAUGAUUAGAGAUAUCAGAGAGCGAGAAAUCCGUAUCUACACAGAUGCAGGAAGAAUCUGCAGGCCUUUGCUUAUUGUGGAAAAGCAGAAGUUGUUGCUGAAAAGGAGACACAUUGACCAACUAAAAGAGAGGGAAUAUAAUAAUUAUAGUUGGCAGGACCUUGUAGCCAGUGGUGUUGUGGAAUAUAUUGAUACCCUGGAAGAGGAGACUGUUAUGCUUGCUAUGACACCUGACGACUUGCAAGAAAAGGGUGUGGCUUAUUGUUCAACCUAUACACACUGUGAAAUUCACCCAUCUAUGAUCCUAGGAGUCUGUGCUUCUAUUAUACCUUUCCCUGAUCAUAACCAGUCACCUAGGAACACAUAUCAGUCUGCUAUGGGUAAACAAGCAAUGGGUGUUUAUAUUACAAAUUUCCACGUUCGUAUGGAUACACUGGCUCAUGUAUUGUAUUAUCCUCAAAAGCCACUGGUUACUACACGAUCAAUGGAGUAUCUACGAUUCAGAGAAUUACCUGCCGGUAUUAAUUCUAUUGUGGCAAUUGCCUCGUAUACUGGAUACAACCAGGAGGACUCUGUCAUCAUGAACCGUUCUGCUGUGGAUAGAGGCUUUUUUAGGUCUGUGUUCUAUCGUUCUUACAAAGAACAGGAGUCCAAGAAAGGUUUUGAUCAAGAAGAAGUUUUUGAGAAACCUACCCGUGAGACAUGCCAGGGCAUGAGGCACGCAAUCUAUGAUAAGUUGGACGAUGAUGGUUUGAUCGCACCUGGAGUUAGAGUUUCUGGGGAUGAUGUAAUCAUCGGCAAAACCGUAACAUUGCCUGAAAAUGAGGAUGAGUUGGAAAGUACAAAUCGACGUUACACUAAAAGAGACUGUAGUACUUUUCUGCGCACAAGUGAAACUGGUAUUGUGGACCAGGUCAUGGUAACCCUUAAUCAGGAAGGUUACAAAUUUUGUAAGAUCAGGGUACGGUCAGUUCGAAUCCCUCAGAUUGGAGAUAAAUUUGCUAGCAGGCAUGGGCAGAAGGGUACCUGUGGAAUUCAGUACCGACAAGAGGACAUGCCUUUUACUUGUGAAGGAAUUACACCAGAUAUCAUCAUCAACCCUCAUGCCAUCCCUUCUCGUAUGACUAUUGGUCACUUGAUUGAAUGCCUUCAAGGGAAGGUAUCGGCAAACAAGGGAGAAAUUGGUGAUGCAACUCCAUUCAAUGAUGCAGUUAAUGUGCAAAAGAUCUCAAACUUAUUAUCUGACUAUGGCUAUCAUCUUAGAGGAAAUGAGGUUCUGUACAAUGGAUUCACAGGACGUAAAAUCACAUCACAGAUUUUCAUUGGGCCUACUUAUUAUCAGAGGUUAAAGCACAUGGUAGAUGAUAAGAUCCACUCCCGUGCAAGAGGUCCUAUACAGAUACUGAACAGGCAGCCAAUGGAAGGUAGAUCACGUGAUGGUGGUCUACGUUUUGGAGAAAUGGAACGAGAUUGUCAGAUUGCACAUGGUGCUGCACAGUUUCUCCGUGAGCGAUUAUUUGAAGCAUCUGAUCCUUAUCAAGUACAUGUCUGCAAUCUCUGUGGGCUGAUGGCCAUUGCAAACACCAGGACUCACACCUAUGAAUGUAGAGGUUGCCGAAACAAAACCCAUAUAUCCUUGGUGCGAAUGCCUUAUGCCUGUAAACUACUGUUCCAAGAGCUGAUGUCAAUGAGUAUUGCUCCACGUAUGAUGAUAUCCUAGUACAACUUUUCUAGGAUUGUUGAAUCUAAAGUCUUUUUAUACUUGCCAUCUUUAGAUUGCCAUUAUUCAUUAAACCGAUACCUUAAGAUCGCUUUUUGUGAUCUAUUAUACAUAAUUUUUUGUGUGCAUUUCUUUAGUCCCUUAAUAUAUGACCCGAUGGAGGUUUAGUACAUAUGACCCUGUUUUCCUUCGUAGAAUGGAACAAGAUUGUUUUGUUUUAAAUAAAAUUUUCACAAAAUAAA